GUCCCCACCCUCGUAGACCUUGGCAGCGCUGUUUGGUUCACCGGGCUGCACCGAGCACUUUUCUCCCGCUGUCUGGUUUUAGGAUUUCCUCAGGCCAGGACCCAGCGAACUGAACACACGCUGGGCGUGGGCACCAUGAGCCGCCUGGGCUCGGUGCAGCGGAAGAUGCCGUGCGUGUUUGUGACGGAGGUGAAAGCCGAGCCCUCGGCCAAGCGGGAGCAUCAGCCAUUUAAAGUUUUGGCAACUGAGACUCUAAGUGAAAAGGCGUUAGAUGCAGAUGUAUACAAUGCAAUUGCAACAGAAAAAGUGGAUGGAACGUGUUGUUAUGUUACUAACUACAAAGGCCAGCCAUACCUUUGGGCUCGGCUAGACAGAAAACCUAACAAGCAAGCUGACAAAAGAUUUAAAAAAUUUCUACAUUCAAAAGAUAAUUCAAAAGCGUUUCUUUGGAACAUGGAGGAAGAUUUCAAGCCUGUCCCAGAGUGCUGGAUACCAGCAAAGGAAAUAGAACAACAGAAUGGGAAGCCAGUACCUGAUGAAAACGGACACAUUCCUGGUUGGGUACCAGUGGAAAAGAACAGCAAGCAGUAUUGUUGGCAUUCCUCCGUAGUGAAUUACGAGUUUGGAAUUGCCCUGGUACUAAGGCAUGAUCCUGAUGAGCCUGGACUUUUGGAAAUUUGUGCCGUGCCCCUGUCAGAGCUUUUAGAGCAGACCCUGGAGCUGAUAGGAACGAACAUCAAUGGAAACCCAUACGGGCUAGGAAGCAAGAAAUCGCCAUUGCACUUUCUUAUACCACAUGGAGCAUUUCCAGUAAGAAAUCUGCCUACACUGAAACACAAUGACUUGCUGUCCUGGUUUGAAGACUGCAGAGAGGGUAAAAUUGAAGGGAUUGUAUGGCAUUGUGGUGAUGGCUGUUUAAUUAAGGUUCAUCGCCAUCAUCUUGGUUUAUGCUGGCCACUUCCAGAUACUUACAUGAAUUCCAAACCAGUUAUUGUUAACAUGAACCUAAACAAAUAUGACUGUGCUUUUGAUAAUGAGUGUUUGUUUAAUCAGUUUUUGAAAAAAGAUAAACAGAAAUUUGAUAGGCUUAAAGAUAUAAUGCUUGAUGUAUAAAAUGUUUUCUAAUAUUGAUGAGUCUUCUGCUAUGUUUACAGAGGUUAAAGUAACUGAAGGUUCUAUUUAAUUUUGCUAGAUAUUUGGUAAAACAUGUCAUAACUAAACUAACAUAUUUAUAAACUAACAUAUCUAUUUAUCAAAAUUAUAGGAUUUUAAUAUCUUGAAUAUCUUAACACAAAUAUAAGUAUAAAAUAAUUACAUCUGAAGCUUCAAUUUUACAGCUUACCUUUAUGAUUUUAGAAAAUUUAAUUAUGAAAAUAGGAAUAUCAUAGCUCAUUGUGUACUGUAUAGUCAUAAGUUAUUCACAUCUUCAAAAAUAUACUUUUCUACCAAGUUAAAACUAAAUAUGAUUUUAUUUUUAAGCAAAUAUACAGUAUUUUGACAUGUGAAUUCUGUAGUAAAAAUGGGUCUUUAAUAAAUAGGGAAAUUAUUAGGACUUUCUCCAGGACUUUCUCCAUCUUCCGAAGCAGCAACAGGGCUAGGUAAUUCAAAUCCAAAUUGCUCAGAAAGUUUUUUUAACUUCUGUUCUAAGAGAAUAUUUUUUUUCACUUCUUUCUUAUAAUUGUACUUCAGGUCUUCAAUUUCUUCAAAAAAUGAAGGAUCAAAAUUUUGCAGUUCUUUUUUCAGCUUUUUAAUUUCCUCCUAAAAGUCACAUAUAGGAAGAUUGGAUUACAAACAAACAUGAAAACCCACAUAACUUGAACAGUAAAUACAAAAAUAUUUACCUUUGUACCAUAUGAAUAACUUAAUAUGUGUGCUUCCAUUAUAGUGAGGUCGAGUCUUUGAACUGUGUCAGAUAUUCUGUUAGGCAAACAAAAGGGACUCCGCUCUUCACUGCAUUGAGAUUACUGUCUUAUUUUCUUACUGUCGUAUUUUCUUUAAAGUUCUGUUUUUACUUUUAUAAUAUUUAUGAUCAUGGAAAUCCCGGGGCGUGUGAGGGGAAUGUGAGUGCCAAUGGCUGUUUUACACUGGCUGUUUACACUACCCAAGCAUGAGCUCCGUCAUAAGUAAAGCACAGAAGUAUUUUAAGGGAAAGAUCCUGAACGUAAUUCCAAAAGGUACUUAGAAAAACUGUUGCCAUGACCCACGACCCACAAAUUAAGAAAAUACUAAAAAAAAACAUGUUGAGAUACAUUUGUUAUAAUUUAAAAAUAAAUUAUUCUCUAGACCUUUC